AUGCAAUAUUCUCAAACAAACGAGAAUAAUAUCAAUAAAUAUAAAAGAAGAAAAAUGACUCAAGUUAAAACAGUUUUAGUCACAGGUGGUGCCGGUUACAUUGGUUCCCAUACUGUCGUCGAGUUGAUUGAAAACGGCUAUGAAGUCGUUGUUGUUGACGAUUUAUCCAACUCCUCGUACGAUUCUAUCUCUAGAAUCGAAAUUCUAACCAAACAUCACGUCCCAUUCUAUCACGUUGAUCUAUGUGAUCGUGAACAUUUGGAACCAGUCUUCAAGGAACACAAGAUUGAUUCCGUGAUCCAUUUUGCUGGUUUGAAAGCCGUUGGUGAAUCCACUCAAAUUCCAUUGAAAUAUUACCACAACAAUAUCUUAGGUACUUUGGUUCUAUUAGAAUUAAUGAAGAAAUACGAUGUCGCUAAAUUCGUCUUCUCUUCUUCUGCUACCGUUUACGGUGAUGCCACUAGAUUCCCAGACAUGAUUCCAAUUCCAGAAGAAUGUCCAUUAGGUCCAACUAACCCAUACGGUAACACUAAAUUCACCAUUGAAAAGAUCUUGAACGAUCUUUACAACUCUCAAACCGAUAACUGGAAGUUUGCCAUUCUACGUUACUUCAACCCAAUCGGUGCUCAUCCUUCUGGUUUGAUUGGUGAAGAUCCAUUAGGUAUUCCAAACAAUCUAUUACCAUACAUGGCUCAAGUCGCUUCUGGUAGACGUGAAAAAUUAAACGUCUUUGGUAAUGAUUAUGACAGUAGAGAUGGUACUCCAAUCAGAGAUUACAUUCAUGUUGUCGAUUUGGCUAAGGGUCACAUUGCUGCUUUGAAAUACUUAGACUCCUUUGAAACCACUAAGAAGACUGGUAUCUGUCGUGAAUGGAACUUAGGUUCUGGUAAGGGUUCUACUGUCCUUGAAGUCUACAGUGCCUUCUGCAAAGCUUGUGGUGAAGAUAUUCCAUACGAAGUUACUGGUAGAAGAGCUGGUGACGUCUUAAACUUGACUGCUAAACCAGACAGAGCCAAGAAGGAAUUGAAAUGGCAAACUGAAUUGACUGUCGAUGACGCCUGUACAGAUUUGCAAAAAUGGAACACAGAAAAUCCAUUCGGUUAUCAACUAAAUGGUGUCGAAGUUAAAUUUGCCACUCCAGAAAAGGAAUAUGACGCUAGAUUCAUCACUAUUGGUGCUGGUACUAAAUUUGCCGCUACUAUUGCUAACAUGGGUGCCACUUUAGUCGAUUUGAAGGUCGAUGGUCAAUCUGUUGUUAUUGGUUACGAUGAUGAAGCCAGUUAUGCUGACCCAGAAGCUUGUUACUUAGGUGCUACUGUCGGUAGAUACGCUAACAGAAUCGCUCAUGGUAAGUUCAACUUGAAUGGUACUGAUUAUCAAUUGACUAUCAACAAUGAUGUCAACGCUAACCAUUCUAGUAUCUCCAGUUUCCAUACUAAGAGAUUCUUAGGUCCAAUUGUUAAAAACCCAACUCAAGGUAUUUACACUGCUGAAUAUAUCCUAAUGGACAAGGAAUCCGAUGGUGAAUUACCAGGUGACUUUGAAGUUCACGUUACAUACACUUUGAAUGUCGAAGAAAAGACACUAGAUAUGGAAUAUGAAGGUAAGGUUCAAGGUAAAGCCACUCCAAUCAACAUGACUAACCACUCUUACUUCAACUUGAACAAAGUUAACAACCCAUCCAUUGAAGGUACUGAGAUUUCUGUUAUCUCUGAUGAUUGUAUCGAUGUUGAUGAACAUACCAUUCCAACUGGUAAAGUUAUCAAGAGAGAAAUUGCCACUAUUAGCUCUGGUAAGAGUACUAUUCUAGGUAAAAAUGAACCAAAAUACGAUUACAAUUUCUUAGUUGAUGCUUCCUCUUCUCCAAAAGAAACUGACACAAGAUCUCAAAAGUUGAACUUGGUUACUAAGGCAUACCAUCCAGAAUCUAAGAUCGGCCUAGAAGUUUAUUCUACAGAACCAUCCUACCAAAUCUACACUGGUGAUUGGUUAGCAGCUGGUUUUGCUCCUAGAGAAGGUUUUGCUGUUGAACCAGGUAGAUAUGUCAAUGCUAUCAAUCAACCACAAUGGAAGGACUGUGUUUCUUUGAACCCAGGUCAAACUUACGGUGCUAAGAUUGUCUACAAAUUCUCUUCCUAG